AUCUUUGUAUUUCCGAUGAGAUUUUGCAAGGGAGUAAAUUGGCUCCAGUAGAAGAGGCCAGAUCGAUCUCCUACUAAAAUGAAGAAGAAGAAGAAGUCGUUGACAAAAAAGAAAAAACGUAAACAUUGGCGGUUGAAAAGAGGACAUAUGUCGGAAGUUAUUACAACUGUAACCAAGCUGAAAAAUGGCAUCACUUGAGCAAGUAAAUGAGGUCAUAAAGAAAGUUGCAAAGUUCCUAUCACCUUUACUGCCACUUGCAUCUUGUCAUAUGGUUGAUUACAUCACAGCUAACCACUGGGAAAACUUGGUACCUGAACAAAUUCGUGAAGAUCUGUCAAAUCUACCUAGAGAGCAACUACAGCACAUACCAUCAGCAUCGUUAUUGAAUGAAUUAGGAGAUCAUCCUGUUGAUAGCAACGGAAGUAUAGCAGCAAGCAGUUUGUCCUUAUACUUGUCUGCCAUUCGACAGCAUUCGCUUUCUUCUUUAGGAGUGCUCACACCAGUAGAUGAGAUUCUGGAAAUUUAUGGACCCCAAGAAGUCGCUACUUUGCCGAUGAAGGGAGUAAUGUCUGUGAAGAAAACCCACGAGGUGGAGACGAUGAGUAGGGUUAUAAGCCGUCUUGCAAAAGGUUGUGGAGUUGACUGGAUUGUUGAUUUAGGAAGUGGUAAAGGAUACUUGAGCACAUCAUUGACAUUACAGUAUAACCUGAAUGUUGUUGCCAUUGACUCCAGUGAAGAGAAUACAUCAAAUGCAAUGGUCCGUAAGACGAAGUUGCAGAAGUUUUGGAAGAGUCUUAAGAAAACGGAAGAAGACAAACUGCUUGGUAGACCACUCAAGAAAGGGAAACACCGAACAAGGAAAAUCAAGCCAGUGGAAGCUGAGUUGAGAGAGAGUCCUUCUUCACAAUAUAAUAGGGACAGCAGUAGACACAUAGCCAUUACUGCUUUUGUAACAGAAAAUACAGAUUUAUUGCAAGUCGUUAAGGCGAGUAUUGAAAGUGGGGACGAUGUUUCAAGCGGAUCGUUAGUUGAAGAUGGUUCCUCCAGCUUUACGGGUAAUCAGAGUAGUUCUUUUGAAAAUGAAUACCGUGAAUUAAUGCGGAGCUCUGAUACUAGAAGAUUAGAAGAUGGAAAUGCAAAAUAUUAUAUAGAUAGAGCAAGCAAGUCGGAAAGGCCACAAGAGAGUGGAGAGAGAGACAGUGCUGAAAAUUAUGUUUUAAAGAAUAAGGAGUCACCUGUAGCUAGUCAAAAUAAGUGGUCUGAUGUCAACAAACUAGGGUUAGUUGGAUUACACACAUGUGGAAAUUUGGCUCCCAGUAGCAUGAAGAUAUUCCUAUCCAAUCCAGCAUUAGCGUUCCUCUGUAAUGUUGGCUGCUGUUAUCAUCUGAUGGAAGAGGAAUUUAGUCAAAAUCCUUUCAUUGAUUAUGGGGAUGGUAAUCGAGAUAAACCCAAACCACAAAACACUGAUGAUGUUCCAAAACUUAAGCCUGUCAACCCGCUGCAUCCUUCGGAGAUUCCUGAUUUAAGCUUGGGGUUCCCUUUAUCGAAGGUUCUCAGAGAUGAGAGGUUCUCUCUUGGCCGAAAUAGCAGAAUGCUCUCCUGUCAGCCUGCAGACAGAUUGAAUUGUACGGAUUUGAGCAGCACGAUGUCACUGUAUUGGCGAUCCUUACUGCAGGUACUCUUAUUGAAUAAGGUUGGGGACAUAUCCGAUAUGGCUCACGUUGGCCGUAUUGCUGCAAAGUGCCAAAAUUUCAAUGAGUAUGCGCGUGCUGCAUUUGCCAAAUUAGGAAUUGAUGUAGAGAUGGAGGAGGAGGAACUGCUUGAAUACGAUAAGAAGUAUGGAUCACACAUCAGAAAACUGGAGAUGUUCUUCCUGUUCCGGGCUUCCCUGGCACCCAUUAUUGAGGGCCUCAUUCUUCUAGAUCGACUGGCAUAUUUGUACGAACAGGGUAUUGAGUCGGCUUACUUGGUACAACUGUUUGACCCUGUCACCUCCCCACGUUGCCAUGCACUGGUUGCUUUCAGGAACAACUUAGUUGGUAGUUGAUAUUUGAAGCAUUGUUAGUGAUUAUUGUUAUUAUACUUUAAAACAUAGCAAAGUAACCAGAAAUAAGUUGGUAGUUUAUAUUUGAAGCAUUGUUAGUGAUUAUUGUUAUUACUUUAAAACAUAGCAAAGUAACCAGAAAUAGUUAAUAGUUUCUGGUCUGAAUUAUAUAUUCUUCUUCUUUUUGAUGGUCUAUUGUCUCAGGUUUAUUUUUAAAAUUAUGUAGUAUACUUAUAUAGCUGUCAAUUUCCUUCUUGCUUUUGUAGUACCUUCAUCUUGAUAGAGUUACAUUAGUCCAUCCAUAUUCUCAAGGUUUAGGGAUGAUUGUCUUCCAAGUACAGAAAUUGACUUAACUUCAUAUCCUUUUGAAUACGGUUUGUGUUCUUAUCCUGAAUGUGUUGUUGCCAAUUAUGAUUAGAUUGAUAUUAAAAGGCACUGUUGGAAAGUUUUAUUUGGGCGCUUCCUGAUUUUGGGACGCAGUAAAUAAAGAAUGGGUUGCAAUGCCUUGUGAGUAACUUUUGCUACAAGAAUGAUAAAGUUUAAGAUACUUGAUAAUAUGGUGUGGAAAUUCUGAAAUAAUAUUCUGCAGUACAAUUUAGCUGAUUUGCUUAUGUGAAAUAUUUGUGCUGUCAGUUGGGCAUAUUAUAGGGAAAAUGGGGAAAACAUUGAGGAAAGAAAGGGUAACAUGCUAGGAAAAUUGGAAAUAAGUAAGAAUAUUAGAGAGUUAUAUUUAUUAAAGUGAUCAGACAUCAAAUUGUGUACAGAUUAACACCAGAAGAUGAAUUUAUGUUGACUUUCACUCAGGACAAGGAAGCAAGUUAGUCUUUUUGAUUCCCUUUGUUUGAAAACCAGACAUAAGAUUGUAAGCAGAAAAUGCAUCAAAUUAGUAAAGUUUUUGUUAUGGAUAUAUGCCUUAAAUACUGAACCAGUUGUACAGGUAAUUCUUUUACUAUUGAAUUUGAAUUUGUUGAAAUCCUUAAACUGGAUUUAUGCCUUUCAUGGUGAUGUGUCACUUUACUGAAAAUAACUGUUUUAACAUCUAUUACUUCCCAUGUUAGCAUCAUAAGAAAUUUCUUAAUAAAAUAACCUUGAUUCUCUUAUGUAUGGCCUGUGUGGAUUGGUGUUCGUUUCCAUUGACUGGUGCAUAACAUAUCAAAAUGCAUCAAUACUACAUCAAUACUAUAUAUCUUUGUCUCUCACAUGACAUUUCACUAUCAUGAAUGAUUACUUCUCUGAUUUGAGUCCACUACCGUCAGCAAGCCCAAGAAAUAGGUAAUUUAGAAUUAUCAAAAAGAAAAUUACAUUUGAACAGGAGUGAACCUAAGUCCCUCAGUAAUACAGAAGUUGUAGACCAAAUGCACUAUUUGUCAAUGCAUAAUUUGUAGGAAUAAAAAUCUUCAGCAGUGUUUUAAUGCAAAUUUCUGUCCAAUCUCCUGUUUUGUAAGGGUUUUGCCUGAAUUUCCAUUGGCCUCUUUUCUUCAUGUAUUUAGUUUCAUUCUUCUUGAUUUUCUAGGCCUACUGAGUGGCUUGUGUUGUUGUACCUCCAUAUUCACUGUUUACACAUCUGUCACAAAUUCCUCAUUUAUAUUACAAUCUUUGUGAUGCCCGAUAUCCAUGAUCUUUAGUAUUAUGUAGUCUCACUAUUUCAAAAUUUACUUUUUUAUUAAAGAUUCCAGAUCUCGGCUAUUUGAAUUAGUACAAAUCUCACACUGUACAUUCAUUAUCGAUUUUUGCUUUGUUGGCUAAUGGUAUGCUCUUGUUUACCAGCAGUCCAGUACAGCAAUCUGUUUUUCUUUGUCUUAGUAGAACCAGCUUUACAAUUGUCCCCACAAAAUAGCAGAGUUGUUAUACUUCUAUGGCAUCUCCAUCCAUCACAACAUUCCUUGUUCUCUCUCUCUCUCUCAUCUCCAUUUGCUCUUCUUUUACAUUUGGUUAUUGAGAAUCCCUUAAUCCUAUCUUUAUCUUGCAAUCCUGAGUAUCUCUUGUCACACAAUAUGUUAACAUGUUACUACAUUACAUAUGUAAUAUUGAGUCAAACCCCUAUAGUACCACUCUGUGUAGUGGAAUCAACUUUCUAGACAACUUUCUUCGGGCACAUUUGUUGAUUUGUAAUCCUCUCCCCUCCUUCCCACAAUUCCAUCUUGUAAACAUUUGUUUAUAGUAUCUGAAGCCAGUUGUAAAAGAGAACAUUUCAAUAAAUUGAACUACUGCAUUAUCUUGAAAUGGCUUUGAAGCUGGAAGAAUCUGUUGUAACAUAGAAUGCUGAUAUGUUUUUAUGAACAUUGAAUUUUUAAGAAAUAGUAUCGCGUGAACAAGAUUCAGUGUAUCGCAAAUGCGUUGUGAUACAGCCUUGUCCAUCCAUUAAUCCAAUCCAAAGGUCUUUGUAACUAAAGAAAGAUAAAGAUUUUUUAAUGUUAGAACAUACUUUCAACCUGAAGGUACUCAAAAUGACUAAUUAUGACUGUCUGGUGAAAUUUUCAGUACAAAAAUAUUAAUUUUAUGUUCACCAGCUUAUAUGCAAAUUUAUUUAUACAUUAUAUUUAUGGAUUGUUCAUUUUUGUUUAAUUUUAUAUACUUAUAUAUGUAUAUCCUGUUAUAUUUAUUUAUUUCUUAGAUGGAUAUUCUUUAUUUUUGGAAGUUCUUUUAACAAGUUGAUGACCUUUUUGGUUUGUUCCUUAUACUAAAUCUGUAUUCUUGUUUGAAUAGUUAUGGUAGUAUAAUACAAUUUGAACUAUUUAUCUUUUUGUAUUUGAUUUAUUUGAAAUACUCGGGUGUCGGCAGUAUGCUUUCAGUUUAAUCUCAUUGACAUUAGGUAGUCUUUGCUUGAAUGGACCCUGUAGGUGGGAUAUCAUUCACAGUGUUUCUUUUUAGUUGCACUGUAGGAUGUUGUAAAUAACUAAAGUAGUAGUCUGGGUAGCAGGGAAUCUCGGUUUCAUAAAACAACGUUUCAAACAAUACUUCGUUCAUUUUCAAGUCCAAGAAAUGUUAAAUGUCAAAAUGCUAUUAAUGAGUAUACAUAUAUAUAUAUAAAACAUUUAGAAUAAAAAUGUAAAAUUUAUUGACUUUAUGUUUUUAGGAUUUGAAAAUGAACGAAUUAUUGUUUGGAAUGUUGUCUUAAGAUUAUGACUGCAGCACAAUGAAAAUGUUAAAUUAGAAGAAGCUUUGGCUCGUCUUUGUCCAUUAGAUUUAUGAUGUUGUCAAUAUUUUUGCAGCAUCUUUUCAGCCCAGCUGCAUUGCUCUUUUACUUUUAUUUUUCAUAUUUUUUGUUUCUGCCUGUUUUUAUUCCAACAUCAUGAAUCUUACCUUACUCGUUUUAUAUAACCACAUUGAAAAUCAAGUAUAUUUAGGACAAGUCUCAAGAACAUUUAUGAAUAUGACUCACUGGUCUCAAGCUAAUUCCUUAUAAUAAAGAUUAAAUCAACUACCACUAAUUUCAUAGCAUAUCAUUUUUUAUAUUAUUGCCCAAUCUUUUGUCUUGCUUAUUUCAUUAGGCAUCACUCACCCUUCACUAGGAAUUGGUUUUCCUUUAUGAUAAUGAGCAUUAUACAGUAGGUCAAAGACUUACUACAGCAGGGGAUCUGUUCCAGCAUCAUGCCAUAAGUUGAUUUCAGCCAUAAGUCAGUGAUUUGCCAUUAUUGGCGCUUACGGUGCCGUAACUUGAUGUAACGGUGAGUUACGGCGCUGUAAAAUGCUGUUAACGACGCUGAAAAAGCACCGUGAGAUUGAAUCUUUCUUAAGUCAAUGACACACUGUAGUUAUUUCUUGUAGGUUGUGAAGUUAAGCAAGAAUUGUAUUACUAUAUAUGUAUAAUAGGAUUGUGAUGUUGAGUUAUAGAAAGUUGGUGUGUGUUUUGUUCGCUGCAAUAUAUGCUUGUGAAGAGUAAGUACUGGAUAAAAUGUAUCAGCCUCAUGAACCAUAAGUCACAUAUCUUACAAAAGGGCACAUGUGUGUAAUGGUCAUAUACUUUAUGCUAGUAUAUUUUUUCAUUCAAAAUAGUCACCAUAUUCAGGUUUCUAGGCUGUGUCCGGGAGUUGUUCAUUUCAAGAACUUUUGUUGCUUCGAAUAAAAACAUUUCAUUCCUAA